UGUUUUGAAACUGAUGUUCCUAGGAUGGUAGUAGUUUCUAGCGUCUCGAUAGGACAAAUAGUGGAGAGCCUGUCUGCGCAUCUGCCACAUUUUAUGCCUUUGCUUCCGAGUGGAUAAAAACCACCACUUUUGCUCGCUGUCGACUCAGUGUUCAGCAAUACACUCAAUUGGCAACAGGUGAACCCUAGUAUUUUAGAUCUUUUCCCACAUUGAAUUUAAAAGAUGCAUACCAAAUUAGAGGUGGGAUGUGAGUUCAACAAUUGCACAUCGGUUACUUCUCCAGGAGCCAACAUCGCAUCUCCCAUAACCUCGUCUCUAUUUGGUAUUCUAGGUAAUGCAAUAGCCCUGGUUACUGUACACCAAAUGAAGCUGGAAAGACAUAGGACAGUGUUCUUCGUCUUUAUCGCUGGAUUGGCUUUCGCUGAUCUUGUCGGGAUAUUCCUUACGACCUUUCCCGUUCUGCUUGUUUAUUUUCACGGCUACUACUUUGGCGGACCGAUGAUGUGCAACUACCACGCAUUCACCAUGGUGACUUUCGGAAUCUUAACUCCCAUGAUUGCUUGUGCUAUGGCGUUAGAACGGUAUUUUGGAAUACGACACGGAUACUUCUACAUGCUUCAUUUCAGUCCUCAAAGAGCUAGAAUGGCAUUACUGAGCCUGUGGCUUGUGGCCAUCAUUUUCUCAGCCCUUCCUAUCUUUGGGUUUGGCCAGUACGCUAUUCAAUAUCCGGGAACUUGGUGCUUCCUCAACCUUCAUCCGGAAAACGCAAUCGAUGCAGCUUAUUCGACUACAUUCGCUGUCCUCAACUUACUUCUUAUUGGUGUUAUGAUCAUAUGCAACAUUGGAGUGCAAUGCACUUUGGUGGCACUGCGCUGUCAACGAAGCUCGGCGGAUCGGGCGGAUCGUUUCCGUCGGACCCACCGCAGUCCACAGCAGGAGGAACUAGAAGUGCAAAUGAUGUUCGUCCUCCUUGCCAUCACUAUUGUCUUUACUUUGUGCUGGGCACCUCUACAAUUUCAGAUAUUAAAAAACCAAUUCUACGAGCACAAAACGGCAUCUGACCAUGCUGGAGACUUGCUGGCCAUCCGACUGGCUUCCAUUAACCAGAUAAUAGACCCUUGGGUCUACAUUCUCUGCAAAAAGUUAUGUUUUCGUAGAGGGUGCACUUGCUGGAAGACAAAUUGGGGUUCCAUCAAACGCAGUCUGAGUCAGAAAGAGUUUAUUGGCACCUCAUCGCUCCGCUCGGCCUUGGUACACUUUCGAGCACAACAACCAUCGACAAGGUCGGCAAGUCGCUCGUGUUCCCGAUGUCGACAAAAACGAGUAGAAGUAGAGGUGGAAGCUGGUGAAACUGUUAAUCUGGGUGAAGUUAACCAUUUCUCCUCAAGUUUGAGCAACGCUGCAAUUGGCUACGACUCGACCAGUAAAAGUACUUCAUUGCCCAACAACGCUAGCCCCGCUCCUACCGCAAUUCUAAUAAGUGGCUCAGAGGGAGGAACAGAAAGCUCCGCAAGUCACGAGAUUCCUAUUCCGAUUUUUACAUCUUCCCAAUACUCAAUUCAACGUCGAAGAACUCGUUCCACACCGCGUUCAAGUAGACAAGAAGAGCGUCAGCCGCCAGCUGCAGAUUUAACGGACACCAUGACUAACGCGAAUAAUAUGUCGAAAACAAGGAUUUUUUCUAAUGAUAGCGGAGACGAAAAAGUUUCUGCGAUUGGGCGACGUCGUCACUCUUGGUGUUGUUCAAACGGCCGUUUUCCUAUGACAGUGAAACGAUUCGCUACUCAAAGUACUCAAACCAUCGAUGAAACACAAACAAAGUAUUCAAAAACAAAUAUAAUGACUGAUUUAAAUGCAUGAAAUACAGUCAUAACUGCCAUAAUCGUAUUUUUCAUUUGCAUGAUUGAUAUUCUAUCUUCAGUAAAAGAAUUAUUCGUCCGUGCUGUACUCUAAUAAGUUGCCGUAUUAAUAAUACACGUAAACCCGACUGCGUUCUAAUGGAUCAAAAUUCUGGUACCAGUCUAUUCCCUCUAUCAUUACCGAAGUCCCUGAGCCAACAAAAGUAACCCUAGAGACAUUGUUGGUACGCAAGUAAAAUAACAAAACACAAAAUGGAUUUCUACUAAAAAGCUAUAAAUGGAUAUCGAAACAAGACUGUUAAGAAUUAGAAAACAGAAAAUAAGGUUAAAUUCAUUGAAGAAUAUUUAUAAACCUUUAAAAUUUAACUGAAAAUAUUCACAUUGGACAUAAAUUUUCUAUUUUGUUGUCUUGCCCGUGCCACGACCACGAGAUCCAAUUUUGUUUAAGGCAAUUGUAAUCAAUUGAGCUAGUUGGUUUAAUCGCCAUAAAGUUGCCCUUAACGACCAAGGCACUUGAGGGUGGUUGACUCGGCCAACAGUCCUUCUGCCAGCAUGUUUUAACCUAGCCAUUUGUGAACCUUUGUAUUUCUUCUCUUGUGGAGAAUCUGUCAUGCAAAGUUUGAACGUGCACAGUCACGUGAGAAGAAGAAUCGCGAGAAACCAAACCUUUCAAACACAACCUUCAGGUUGAACAUUCGC